CUGGAGGAGAAUUUUGCUACCGGGUUGAUUAAAAUAUUUCGAUAUGAUAGAAAAAAUACACGUAUAAAACGAGAUUUUCAUUAACGUUCUGGUUAUUUCGCGGUGUUAUGUAUGCGAAUACGUGAAUGUGAUGAUGACGAUGUUUUGGGUAUCCAACAUCUAUAUUCUACUUCUCGUGACGUGUCUCGGCAAUGCCCAAUUCUUCGAUUACUUUGACGAUUCCAAUCCAUGUCCACCUUAUCCAUUGACUUUUGGUAGCAACGUAGGUUUCGUUGUGCCAAAUGCAACAGAUCCUUGUGUUGCUCCAUUACCUCAGCCAAAUCCUGUACCACCAGCUGGGAACAAAGCAGCACCCGAACCAGGGGCAGGUGGUAACUGUUCUGUGAUUAACCCGAAUGGAAGUUUGGAAAAAGGCAAUUCUCUGUUUAUAAUUCUCGAUCCUAAAUCUUUGCAAGCGAUAUUGCAAGUUGUUCCGCCAUGUAAUAAGACUGAUGUUCCACCUCCUCCAACAGGAGCCCUACCUCCUCCUUCAGCAGGUGGACCACUUCCGCUUGCGCCUGGAGGACCACCACCACCUCCAACAGGUGGACCGGCACCUCCUCCAACAGGAGCACUACCACCUCCCCCAGCAGGUGGACCACUUCCUCCUCCGGCAGGAGGACCACCACCACCCUCAACAGGAGGACUAUCACCUCCAACAGGUGGAUCACCACCUCCUCCAGGAGGAGGACCACCACCAUUAUCACCGCCAGCAUCAGCAAUUCCACCUGAAAAUGCUGGACCACCUCCAGCUGCACCAAGUGAUACUGGUGGUGCAGCUCCUGUACCACCAGGAGUUGGCCCUGGUACAGAUGAUACACCAAAUACGGCUGAAAAUAAGGAUAAACCGGCUCCUCUUGUGAAAAGGCAAGUUCCGGCAGACUCACCAGCCAUUCCUGAAGUGAACCCAGUUGAUCCGAACUUAAUACCUCCUGCCGGACCUGCGCCUGGACCAAUUGACCCAUCCAUACCUCCCAUUCCUGAAGUGAACCCAAUUGAUCCAAACUUAGUACCUCCUGCCGGACCUGCGCCUGGACAAAUUGACCCAAACUUAGUACCUCCUGCAGGACCUGCGCCUGGACCAAUUGAUCCAAAUUUAGUACCUCCUGCCGGGCCUGCGCCUGGACCAAUUGACCCAUCCAUACCUCCCAUUCCUGAAGUGAACCCAAUUGAUCCAAACUUGGUACCUCCUGCAGGACCUGCGCCUGGACCAGUUGACCCAUCCGUACCUCCCCUUCCUGAAGUGAACCCAACUGAUCCAAACUUAGUACCUCCUACAGGACCUGCACCUGGACCAAUUGACCCAUCUGUACCUCCCCUUCCUGAAGUGAACCCACUCGAUCCAAGUCUUCCUACUGGUUUACCUGUUGAUCCAAAUGCAAUUCCUUUACCUGAAGCACCACCUAUUGAUAAUGCAAUUCCUCCUCCUCCAACUACACCAGGUGGCCUCCUAUGCAACCUAUUAACAUUGAUACAGACUUUGGUAAAUUCGAUAUUACAAUUUGUUCUGAAUCUCUUAAAGCAAUUGAUUCAUUUAAUAAUUCAGCUAUUAGAAAACAUCAUCAGAACACUUCUUGGUAAGUUGUUACCAGACAUACUGAAAACUCUAGAGCAGUUGUUAGGCUCGUUGCUCCCAAAUCUCUUGAAGGAUGUGGGGAACUUGGUCGAUACCGCAUUAAAUGACCUACUUGGCAAACAUGGAUUAGUGCCUGGAUUAGUCAAUGGCCUUUCAGGACCUGGAGCACUGAUUGGGGGUUCAAACGGUAAUUCUGCUCCUGUAAUCAGUGCUGUGAAUGGAAUUAUAACAGACGUGGAAGAAUUAGUGAAAGACAUACUGGAAGUUCCUGUGGUAGAUACAGUCCGCUUACUUGAAGAUGUCUCCAAGCUGUUGAACAACACAUUGGAAGAUUUAUUAGACGAUGUUGAAAAACUAGCUGAUGAUCUAUUGACUGAUUUAUUGGGUAACUCAUCCAUUGUUGCUGGUUUAACAAAUGAUGUAACAACUUUAUUAAAAGAUGUUCUGGGAGACACAGUGUGCAACGUUGAAAAACUACUAACAAAUAGCAACUCAUUAGGCCAAUUGAUUCAAAACUUGUUGAAAUUGAUCAGAAAUCUACUGGAUGAUGUCCUAAGAGACGUUGAUAAAUUACUGGUUGAUAAGCUAGUCAAGCUACUUGGAGAGAAAGGAUUACUAGAUAAGUUACUAGACAAUCUUCUCAAACUUCUGACAGAUUUGUUGAACAAUUUACUCGCACCCAAGUUGAAACAAUUGGAAAAUUCUCAAAUUAUCAAAAACCCAGACGAAUUCAAAAAAGAAGCUAUAGCCAAAGUGGCGAAUAGUAUACCUGGCUCAAACGUCAUUCCUGGAGGACCUCUGCUUGGAGAUAGUUUAGCACUUGCUUUAGAUGGGCUUCUCAACGACUUGAUAAAAACUGUUCAAAAUUUGCUUAAAAACUUGAAAGAUUUACUAGUUGGCAGGAAUAGUGGCUUAAUCAAUAAUUUACUGAAUACCGUUCGCAAAUUACUCGACAAUCUGUUGAAAAACUUGGGUAGAGGAGUGGGAGUACUAUUACCUCCCGCUGUAUCGAAAUUGAUAAAUCCAUCUGCCCUACUUGGACCUCUUGGUACUGUUAUAACAAAUAUCUUGAAGCUAGUUGUAUGCGAUUCUUGUAAGAAACCAAUACCUCCUGUAACAACCGCGCCACCAGUAACAGAUGUGCCUCCAGUUACUGAUGUGCCCCCAGUUACAGACGUGCCUCCAGUUACUGUACCUCCAAUUGACUCGAAUUCUUCUCUGCCAUGUAUUCCAUAUUACUACCCCAUUCCACCCAUUGGUGAAGAUUGCAUUGAAGAUAACUUGUUUGAUAACAUCAACGAUCCUGAUGGUUUUGUAUCAGGACUAAAUGUGUAUCAAGAUUUCAUCAGUCGUAAUAUCUACGACAGUAUUGCUGGAGAGUUUGGAGAUUCGUUAGUUGAUUCUUUACUUGGAUCUGACUAUAGAGAUUGUCGAGGACUUAGUGACAGUAGCUUGUUUCCUUUAGAUUUUGAGGCAUUACCAAAUCGUUUAAUAAAUGGUUUAGAAGAAUCUAGAAAGCUUACUAGUGAUCUUGGUUCUAGCGGACUAUGGAAUUUAGUUAAUACUUUAACCAAAACUACUUCAUCAGCAUCUCCAACAAUACCAUUUCCACCUCUGCCGUUGCCAGGAGCAGCACCCCUACCAGGGGCAGUACCUCCACCAGGAGGAGCACCUCCACCAGGAGCAGUACCUCCGCCGGGAGGAGCGCCACCGCCAGGAGCAGUACCUCCGCCGGGAGGAGCGCCACCGCCAGGAGCAGUACCACCGCUGGGAGGAGCACCUACACCAGGAGCAGUACCUCCACCGGGAGGAGCACCUCUACCAGGAGCAGCACCUCUACCAGGAGCAGCACCUCUACCAGGAGCAGCACCUCCACCGGGAGGAGCACCUACACCAGGAGCAGUACCUCCACCAGGAGGAGCACCUCUACCAGGAGCAGCACUCUCCUGAAGACAGUGACGUCCAAUUUUUUUCAUUUUUUGAAAUUUCUAUGAACAACCAGUUGAUAACACUUUCAAGCAACAGAGCUGAAUGAUGAUUUUAUAUGUAUUUACUAUUAGUACUACAUACUAACUGCAUUUCUAUGUCACUUGUAAGUAAGUUAAUGAUUUUUUCAUGAUUUUCCAUGUAAAGCUCUUUUAUUAUAAUACAUUUUUUGUUUUCAUUCAUCUAAGUUAAUAAGGCUGUUCAAGUUGUU